AUGGCGCAGAAGUCCCUUGACGCCGUAAAGGACGCGAUUGAUGGCCUGGUGGAGAAGGCCGCAGCCGCCGACAAGCGCGUGGUCGCAGCUGCGGGCGCCGCCGUCGCCGUCGGCGCUGGCGUGCUGCUGUACCGCCGCUACCAGCGCACUGCCGGCCCCAAGAAGGGCCCCUUGACGCCCGACACGCUCCCGGCUGGCGCGUACGACGCCGUGAUUGUGGGCGCGGGCCCCAGCGGCUCUGUGUGCGCCAACUUUGCCGUGCAGGGCGGCGCCAAGGUCGCGCUGCUGGACAAGGCCACCUUUCCCCGUGACAAGUACUGCGGCGAUGCGGUGUGCACCCCUGCCAUUCGCAUCCUGGAGGAGCUGGGUGUCAUGCAGGAGCUCAAGGACAACAACGAGGCCCACUUUGCCGACUCUGGCGGCUUUGUGUCACCCAAGGGCAUCUCAUACGUGGGCGCCUCCAAGGAGAAGCUGGGGGAGGCCGCGUGCUGCGCGGUCAAGGUGAGGGCGGCGGAGACUGCGAGGCUGACAGGGGGGCGCGAUGAUGGCGAGGUUGCCACAACCUGA